CGGCCCUCGCGGCCGAAGGUCUCCUUAAUUUCCUCCUGCUCCGCGCUUUCACGGACUGACGGGCGUGGGUGUUGUGUGGCUAAUGCAGAGGCGCUGGGGGGAUGGUGUGACCAGGGCCCGGUGGGCUCGCUGGAGGAUACGCUGUUCCAAAGUUGCAGCUUGUUCGCGUCCGUGGCACGCAUCGCGAGCGGCGCGGCGUCAGGUUUCGGUGGAGGAUUGCUCGCUCUCUGGUUUGCGACAGGACAAGAAAUUGCUUGGGGUUCCACGUCCUCCUGGAAUACUGAUGUUGGGCUACGGUUGCGGUUGUUUUUCCUUGUACAUGAAGAUGCAGUAUUAUGACCUCCAGAAGGAAUUUGCUGCAAUCCUUUUGGAGCAUGGAGAAGAACACACGAAGAGGGAGCUAGCUAAAAUAAUACUCAAUAACCAUAGCGCUGACAAAUCACUGGUUGAAGUUCUGAAGAGGCACUAUGUAGCUGAUCAUCUGUUGAGUGAUGAGCAUCAAGAGAAGCAACUUUUCAGGUGGCGCCAACGCCAUUCGUAUGUGGACAGCGCUUUUAUUGAAAGGUUGGAGGAGGAACUUAUAGAAGUGGUGAAGAAGAAAGUUAUAGAAAGGUUGGAGAAGUCUGAAGCAAACAACGCCGAUGCUGAGGCCGAAUCAAGUGCAAACGUUGGAUUAUUUGAGGAGGAUCCACUGGCUUGUGUGCUUGGCACUCCAGACAGCAACAGGAAGAUGAACAUGUUGCACACAGGCACUGUCCUGAUGAGACGGGAGCUGCUCAUCGAAGAAGUUACUGGCAGCAUCGUCUCCAACAUCCUGAAAACUGCUGCAUUAUGAUGAAAUUGCUGCAUUAUGAUGAAGCCUUGUCGGCGUCAUGGAGAAAACUACACUUAAAACUUUCAGGUGUGCGUGCAACUUUACUUGGCAUAGUUGCAGGUUGCGUUAUGCGUGCGCGCACGCAAUUCAACAAAUGGACACGCGUUAGAUUCUGUCGAAAUUCACAGCAUGCUCACGCAGAACUGUGGGCUCGUUUGCUGGAUGUGCUUGCUAAUGAACACAUUUCUCGUUCCGCCGAUGAGGUGUGGUGUACUUGACAAGGCAAUCAUCAGUACACUGCUAAAUCUUUUUAUGAUGCGAUGAUAUUUAUAUUGGUAA